CUCUCACCCUCACGUCCCUCCAAGCUCCCGGAUCCCUGCCUGUGCCUCGAUGCACCGCAGCCUCACCGUGCAGAGCGCGUCGGGUGUCGCGCUCAGCCUCGCCGGCGCGUACGUGUGCGGCUGGGGCGUGUACUAUGCGGCGCAGGACACGCUGCGGCGCCGCGCCAUCCGCCAGCGCUCGCGCCAGCAUCCCCUGCCCGCCCGCCCGCGCCGGCGCGCAGAGAGCAUCGCCGCGCUCGAGGCGGCCCCGGCCGCGCGGCCACGCUCGGCGAGCAGCUCGUCGAAGUCUGCCGAGACGGGCACGAGCGGUGCGGCCAGGAAGCCGGCCCCGCCGCGCGCGCCGCUGACGGCGCCGUCGAGCUGGUACGGCGGCGCCUCGGCGGCCGAUCGCGCCGCCAUCCGGAGCCGCUUUGCGCCGCUGCGCCUGCUCGGCCGCUUCGUCAAUCCACUGCCCGAGUGGCGCGAGCAGGGCGCGUGGGAGGUGGUGCUGUGGAAGGCCGGCACGUCGCUCUUCAACUGGCCGCCGCGCAUCUGGUGGGACGGCGGCCUCAUCCGCGACAUGUGGACCGAAGAGGGGCGCCGGAGGAUCGAGAAGCUGCUGCCCGUCGAGCCGCUGGAUGAAGAGCUGCUGUUCAGCGGGAAGGGCAAGCAGCCCGAGGGCCUUUCGUACACAUGGAUUGGGCAGAGCACGACGCUCUUGCAAAUGCACGGCCUCACAAUAUUGACGGACCCCGUGAUGGGCGAGCAGCCGGUCAAGACGAUGUUUGCGCCGAAGCGCAUGCGGCCGCUGCCGUGCCAGCCCGAAGUGCUGCGCGGCCGCGUUGACGUGGUGCUUUUGAGUCACAAUCACUUCGACCACCUGGAUCUCGACAUGAUCCCCGUCCUCAGCGACGCGCACUGGAUCGUGCCGUACGGCGUGCGGGCACUGCUGGAGAAGCAGGGGCUGCGGCCAGCGCAAAUCACCGAGCUGUCGUGGUGGGAGAGCACGACGUUUACAAAGGCCGUCAGUGUGCGGAGAGGCGCCUCUGCCGUGUCCGAGAUGCGCAGCUUGACCGUCAACGCGGCGCCGGCGAUGCACUGGACUGCGCGCUCGCCACUCGACACAAACCAAAGCUUGUGGUGCUCUUAUGUGCUCAAGGCGGCUGCGCCAGACGCGCCGGCACUUGACCCGGCGACGUUCUUCUUCUGCUGCGACAGCGGCUACUCGCGCACGCUGUUCGAGUCGAUCGGGCGCGCGCUCGGCCCGGUCGACGCGGCCGCCAUCCCCAUUGGCUCCUACGCUCCUCGCUGGCACAUGGCCAUGCAGCACGGCAGUCCGCACGACGCCGUGCUCAUCGCGCAGGACGUGGGAGCACGCUCGGCGGUGGGCAUGCACUGGGGCACGUUCCAGAUGUCCGACGAGCGCUGGGAUGCGCCGCCCGCCGACCUGGCGCUGGCGCUUGAGCGCGAGGGCCUGCCAGCCGACUACUUCACCACCAUCCCCUUUGGCCGCACACGCACCUUCGCCGUCGCGCCUCGCCGCAGCGACGACGACGCACAUCACGAUACCACCCCUCAACGUGCAUAGACGAUAGACGCGCAGCAUGCAGCGCUCGAAAUAGACGC